AUGACAACCAACGCACUCGAAACAUUCCCGAACGAGUAUGAGUCGUCGGGCGUUUCGCGCAGGCUGCACCGUCGCGCAAGCCACUCGCCACCGAGCUCGAGUCGACCGAAGUCGACGAGUGCUCAAGGUUUCGAGGGUUCUUGCAAAGAAUAUGUAAUACGUUUAGCCAUCGGCUAUCGAUACAAGCUUCUUUUCCGCGCAUCCAUCGCAAAGCGAAGAACGCCGCAGGCUCACGUUCGGAGCCGCAUUUUGCAUUUCGACCAAACGGGGCUGUGCGAGCCAGCCGCCGACGCAUUCGUCAGCUGCCAGCCUCGCCGCGCCGGGUCGUCCUGCCGCUCAUCCAGGUACUAG